UUCCCCAGGCCCGAGGCCCCUCAGGUCCCCUAACAGCAAAGUCAUAGCAGUGCCACAGAAAAUCUGGUAGUAUGCCAGGGUUUUUCUCUUGUUUAUUCAUAUAUAAAAGAUGCUCAGCUUAUAGAGAAAAGAGGGUUGCCCUCUCUCACACUAAGGAACUGGUACAAUUAGGACUCGAACUCAAACUUGAAGUCCAAAGGGAAGGUAAAGAAACUAAGAUUACGUCAUUUACUUCCUUGUCCAGCACCUCGCUGAGUACUGUAAGAUCUCAUCUAGGCCUCCCUGAUGGUCAUGACCACAGGGGAAAUGGCUUCUUUUUUUUUGUAUGAGGAAGUCGGCUCAGAGAUGUUAACUCGGGAAAGUUGAAUAGCUGGUUGAAGGAGGGCAGGAGUUACGCCAAACGCUCUUGGCUUGUACGUCAGAGUAUUAGGCUUAAUCAACUUCAUCUGCUGUGCGGGCGGCCGCUUGCUGAGCAUCUCAGUAUACAGAGGGCACAGGUAGGUUAGCCCGUUAGGAAGUACAUUGUCUUGGGGGCCAGGCCCUAACCAUGGUUUGGAUACAUCCUACAGAGGUAUCCAAAAAUCAGGAUUCUUUGAAAAACAGAACGUGUAUGUAUGAGUGUAUGUGUGUAUAUAUACAUAUAUUUCAAAAUAUUUAGUAUAUGUAUGUAUAUGCAUGAUGUGUUUCAUGCUUGUAUGUGUGUAUGCAUGAUAUAUGGGGGAGGGGGUAUGUGUGCCAUGGUUGAGGAUGUGCAGACCAUAGAGCACCUCUGUGGAGUUGGUCCUCUCCUACCCUUAAGUAGGAUCCAGGAAUCAAACUCGGGUCUCUAGGAUUGCAUGGCAUGCCCCAGUACCCACCAAGCCAUCACAAUAACCCUUCUUGUCUUUGUGAGUUUGUCUCAUGCAGUCAAGCUAGCCUCAGACUUCCUACACAGCCAAGGCUGAUCUUGAACCCCUCAUUCUCCGAUGCCUACUUCUCAAGUGUAAUCUGAGGAUUACAGGGGUCAUCAAGCCUGGCUAUCUGGUUUCUCGAGACUGUAGCCCAGGAUGGCCCUGAACUCUGUUCAAGCCAGACUGUUCUGGGGCUUAUGUUUCUCCCACUCUGAACCUUUGUUUCUUUUCUACUCCCACUUCCCCUCCCUUCCCUCCCUCCCCUCCUUUCUGUUUUAGAAGCUGGACAGAUUUAUUAAAAGUUUAAAGGAACAGCCCCAAGGCAGGUGGGCUGUCAAGUUUAGGGAAAGAAUCAUGCUGUUUAAAAUAUUCCAGAGGUCAGACACACGGUGGACAGUCAACCACUGUCAGGGAGUAAAGUUUUAGAGAAAGGAGUAAGGAAGCCGAAAAUGUUGGGGGCAAGCUAAGGAAGAUAUGCUUAGAAUAGAGAAGAGAAGAGAGAAGCGAGAGGGACAGUUUGGAGAGGGAGCAGCCCCGCAGCCCUGCAUUGACUGACAGCUAAGGCUCUGCAGCAGGCUGGAGCAGCUGUGUGCUUCCUUGCAAGCUCUUGGCAAACACAGUGCAGCGAUGCUUUUUCUCUCUGGGCACUUGUGUCACCAGGCUGGAAAUUUGUUUUGGUGUGGUAUGUAUAGCAUUUACAUUCUGUAAAAGCUUUUUAGAUUGACAUGUAUGAGUGUUGUUGCCUGUAUGCAUGUGUAUCCAGUGCCCACAGAGUUCAGAAGAAGGUAUUGGAUUCCCUGAGAUUGGAGUUAAAAAUGGUUGUGACGACCAUGGGACCGUGGGUGUUGGGAACCAAGUGCAGGUCUUCCACAGAAACAGCAAAUACUUGUAACCUCUCAGCCAUUUCCCAUCCCUUUAAAAUGUGUGUGGGGUAAGCAUUAUUUUGAGGCAGUUUUGUCUGACCUGUGACCCAUGAACGCAUACACCCAGACAUUUUUACUGUCUGCAAGGCCAGCAAGCUUUAGGAAGAACCGUUCUCCAUCCCCUGAGCUAGAGAGACUCUAGUUCCAGGGUGGCACUGUCUACUGAACUCUUGGGUUGCUAGUCAAUACAGUGGUUCCCCUGGCCACCCGUGGCUCUCCAGUACCAAUCUGUACAUGUCUAGUUUGACAAAAAAAUUUUAAUUGUCAUGAAUUUGAGAUCAGAUAGUAUUUGUAGUUAACUGUUCUCUAGGGCAGAACAGGUUUAAAAUGCUGUUCUCUGACUUGAAUAGAGUGACUCUCAGUCAGCGGGUAGCGCAGGGUGGGAUGAAUAUUGAUGGAUGAGUGAUUCAACUGUCAGCAAGUUUCAAUAGUUAUUGGAGACUCUUGUUGGUUAAUUGGUUGGAUUUUUUUUUUUUUUUGAGACAUGGCCUCAAACUUGGUGUGUAGCCAAAGAUGACCUUGAACUGGUUCUCCUGCCUCUACUUCCGAAGUGCUGGUAUACAGACCUAUGCAGAGAUGGACCCCACCACAGCAGCCUUGGAAAAGGAACAUGAGGCGAUCACCAAAGUGAAGUAUGUAGACAAGAUCCACAUUGGGAACUACGAAAUCGAUGCCUGGUAUUUCUCACCUUUCCCGGAGGACUAUGGGAAGCAGCCCAAGCUUUGGCUGUGCGAGUACUGCCUCAAAUACAUGAAGUUUGAAAAGAGCUACCGCUUCCACCUGGGUCAGUGUCAGUGGCGGCAGCCCCCCGGGAAGGAGAUCUAUCGGAAGAGCAACAUCUCUGUGUAUGAGGUGGACGGCAAAGACCAUAAGAUAUAUUGCCAGAACCUGUGUCUGCUGGCCAAGCUUUUCCUGGACCACAAGACCUUGUAUUUUGAUGUGGAGCCCUUUGUCUUUUACAUUUUGACAGAAGUAGAUAGGCAAGGGGCUCACAUCGUUGGCUACUUCUCUAAGGAGAAGGAGUCCCCAGAUGGAAACAACGUGGCCUGCAUCUUGACCCUGCCUCCCUACCAGCGGCGUGGCUAUGGGAAGUUUCUCAUCGCCUUCAGUUAUGAGCUCUCUAAGCUCGAGAGUACAGUAGGCUCCCCAGAGAAGCCACUGAGUGACCUGGGCAAACUCAGCUACAGAAGCUACUGGUCGUGGGUCCUGCUGGAGAUCCUGCGAGACUUCCGGGGCACGUUGUCUAUCAAAGAUCUUAGCCAGAUGACCAGCAUCACCCAGAACGACAUCAUCAGCACCCUACAGUCCCUCAACAUGGUCAAGUACUGGAAGGGCCAGCAUGUGAUCUGCGUCACACCUAAGCUGGUAGAGGAACACCUCAAAAGUGCCCAGUAUAAGAAACCACCGAUCACAGUGGACGCUGUCUGCCUCAAGUGGGCACCCCCAAAGCACAAACAAGUCAAGAUUUCCAAGAAGUGAGUGGCCUGUGCCCUGCUUUGCAUCUGCAUUUCCCGGCCUCUGACCUGUAAAUAUGUGUACAGACCUGUUUUGUGUCAUUUAUUAAUAAAGUAAGUUCUGCUGGUGCACUGGA